CAGAGGCAGAGAACUACUGGGUAGGCUUCUCCUCCUUCUCCUGCUCCUCCUCCUCCUCCUUCUCCUUCUUCCUCCAAAGGAACCAUGGGAAUACCACUACACAACUGCGUUUGGGAACCAAUAUGUUGAAGACACUCUACUUGUCCGACUGAGGGACUGUAUCCUGGGCGUCAAAAAACGAAUGGUAAAAAAAUAAUAAUUAAAGACUUUCCUGUGAAAGCAAAGCCCGUCCUGAUCCCCACUUUUUCAGCCAGCAUCUUCCCGAGUCGAUGGCUCUGAAAGACGAGGUGCAGUGAUGGAAGUCCACGAACCAUUUAGCUCUGUAACCAUGAAGCAGCUGAAAGGGUAGGGUCUGCCGUGAGCUCGCCUCACCCUACCCGACCUCCCACCCCAUCAGCUCUACCCGAGAGCAAAGUCCGACGUUGAAGCGUAAUCCUGCAGCUCUAUCCGUCUCCACGACCUUUCCACCAUCUCCUCCACCACGGCUUUGGAAGACGAAGAAAUGACGUGCAUUGCGAAGACACUGGUUGAUGUCUGAUAUACAUACCUCUGAGGUGUCGAGCGUAAAACCAGUGGAGCAAUGAAUGGCGGAAAGGACUGUGAGGCGGGAGACGAGAGGCAGGCCGUCCCUGUCCAGGUCCCCAUUGGCUGGCAGCGCAAGCCGGAUCACGGCGGCGGGGUCGUAUACAUAAGUCCCAGUGGCUCGGUGCUGUCCAGCUUUGAGCAGGUGAAAACCUACCUGCUGACAGAUGGAACCUGCAAAUGCGGCCUGGAGUGCCCACUCAUCCUCCACAAGGUGUUCAACUUCGACCCAGGGGCAGCUGUCAAGCAGAGGACAGCGGAGGAUGUGAAAGCAGACGAGGACGUCACCAAACUCUGCAUUCACAAGAGGAAGCUUCUGGCGGUGGCCACGCUGCACAGGAGCAUGGGGACGCACCCGCCUCUGACACUCACCAGUCCAGGGGGAGGUACAUCAUCUGUGGUCGUUGCGCAUUCCACGUCUCAACGAGCAAUAAGGACUAGACCCCGCGAUGGCCUGCCCAACGCUGUUGGCCCAGACUGCAAGAAUCCUUUCAAGAUGAUGAUGGCAGCUGGACAGCAGCAUCAGCAGAGGCUGUAUCCACCCCAUGAGAUGGGUGGAGCCCAGCAGCCUGAGCUCUACUCUGGCUACCACAGGCAGAGGUUGAGCAGUGGGGAGCCAGGCCCCAAAUCCCCUUACCGGGUUGGGUAUGGAGGCAUGCUGAGCCCACCUCCCUCCAGUGUUAAGCUGUAUGGAGAUGGCUCACAGUCUCCCAGUGCAGACACUCUGGGCAGCCCUGAUGGCUUUCCGAGGACCAAUCCUUGUGGGUUUCCAGGAGCUGGUAGUCCCGGCUCAGCCUCCAUCCAUGGGAACACUAGGACGCCUCUCUCUCCACCCAGUUUAAUGCUCCAUGGCUCUCCUGCGGGCCAGCCAUCUUGCGCCAUGACAGGGAGGACUAGCACGCCACUCUCCCCCACGGCCACUGCCAAAAGCCCUGUCAUGAACAUGCCCCGGGGGAACUUCCCCCCUGGUAUGGAUCUGUCCCGUGCAGCAUUUCACCAUAAAACGCAGCCACCUUUGCAUCCCGUACCGCCCCCUCCAUCCAUACCACCAUCCUGUGCCCUUCAGAAAAGGCAGUUGACUUCCGAAAAAGACCCAUUAGGCAUCCUAGACCCCAUCCCCAUUAAGCUAGUCAGCCAGCCCCCCACCAACGCUCCAAACCCCUCCAACUUCCAGCCCAAUAUCCACUCUCAGGUACAAAUGAUGAAUGUAAACAUACCCCCUCCCGCCAUCGUUCCCUUGCCAAGCAACUUACCUUUACCCACAGUGAAGCCUGGCCCCUUGGGGCAUGGCGGCCAUGUUCAAAGGACUCAACAGGGUGGUCCAGCUUCCUCCAUGUCCCCAUCCCCUGUCACUUCGCCUGUCCACAUGGCAGGUCCUGUCCUUGGCAGAAUGGAGGCCUCCCCUCAUCGCUCUCGCUCAUCCUCCACCUCCUCUGAACAUGGGAACUUUGCAAUGCCCUCGGGGCACCAGGUCCCAUGUGGCAACAUGAAGGUUCCUCCACGUUCCCCCAGGUCUGCCAUGGGAUCUCCCAGGCCUUCCAUGCCCUCCAGCCCCUCCACCAACAAAACUGACCUGCACCACCAGUACAAAGACUCCCAGAUGCUGCCCGGCAUGGGGAACUCGAUUGGCGCCCAGCAGCACAGCAACCCCAUGUACUCGCCCACCUCUUCCUCCUCGUCAUCUUCUUCUCUUGCAACCCCUAGCGCUUCCCAGAAGGGCCACCCAGGACUCCUGGGUAUGCCCCUCAACCAGAUUCUCAACCAACAGAAUGCCGCUUCCUUCCCCGCCAGCAGUCUCUUGUCAGCCGCAGCCAAAGCACAGCUAGCAAAUCAAAACAAACUCGGCGCUGCUGGCAACAGCCCUGCUGGCAUGGGGGCUGGUGGUGGAGGUAAUGGAGGAGGUGGUGGCGGAGGACACCCUGGCUCUAUGAGCGGCCCUCGAGGCAUGGAGGGACACAGCACUUUAAACUCAAUGCUCCCGCCAAACUCCACCAUGCUGCUCAACACUCCUGAGGGCCAGAGCGGUCGGGCUGCUCUAAGAGACAAGCUCAUGGCCCAGCAGAGGGACCCCAUGCGCAAACGGAAGCAGUCGUCAGGCAGCGCCGCUGUAAACCACGACAACAGUAACAACAUGGUCUACAACAUGCUCAACAAACGAGGCAUGGGAGGACCACACAUGGCGGGGCCCAGCGCCACUGAGCAGCUUCGGAAAGUGGGCCGCCUUGGAAACCUUCCACCAAACACCUCCAUGGCCCAGCUUCUCCAGUCCAUGAGCUGCCAGAGCUCCCACAGCCAUCGUCCAGGUCUUAGCCCUGGCCCAGGUCCUCAAGGAUCCGCUCAGCUGCACUACAACGACAGCACUGGUAUGGUCCCUGCUGGCCCUCAGCAGAACCUCCUAGCUCAGCAGAGGCUUCGGGGUCCAGUGGACGCCAUGCAGCACUGCCAGAACAUAGACACCUCUGGGGGCCAUCUGGGCUCUCGUCCGGGCCAGUUCCCUGACAUGAUAGCCCAGAUGCAGGCCUCCUCCAUGAGUAACUGUGGGCCUAUGGGGCCGGGAGGUGGACCGGUGGGCCCCGAUGGCAUGCCGCUGGGACGCCCCCACACUAACCCCCCACCGCUGUCCCACCCCGGCCCUCACCCCUCACAGCAGAACCUCCUUCACGGUAUGGGGCGGACUACCAUGGUAGUGAUGCCACAUGGAGGUGGUGAUGGAAGCUGUACACAGACCAUCGCUGAUUCGGGAAACCCCUCAUCCCUCGGCUGUGGUAUGGGCGGCCUGCAGCCACACGUCAACACCGGUGUAGGUCAGAUGUACCAGCAGCAGGUCCACCAGGGCAUGCAGCAGGGGGUGGCCUCCCACCCAGUCUACCAGGGUCAGCAGCACUUCUCUGACAACGCGCCCUACACUAACGGAAACAACGCCAACGCCAGCUCCAUGGCCUGCCUCUACCAGAACUACCAGCCGGGGAUGUUGUCUCACCCGCAGUUCAGGGAGGAGCAACAGCCCCAAGGCGAAGGGCUUCCAGCGGGUGCACCCGGCGGUGACAGGGGUGGAGGCCCAGAGUCGGUGGACGCCAUCUACAGAGCCGUGGUGGACGCCGCCAGCAAGGGCAUGCACGUUACCAUAACCACCACAGUGAGCGGGACCACACAGGCGAGUCCGGUGCCUGCCCUCAGCGCCAUGAGUGCCUUCACUGCUUCUAUAGGGGAGCCGGUCAACCUCCCACAAGCAGUCAGCUCAGUCCUGCACAGGCACCAGGACGGAGAGGCGUUACCCCAGCAAGCCAGAGCGAGGCAGGUGAGGCCGGGACGGGGUCAGAAGAACAUGGAUCCGGGGAAGAGAACUCCAGACGGCCCUGAGGCCAACGACUACUUCCGUUCUCCCGGUCGUGGGACUCCCAGAGGGCAGUGGGACGGGGAGGCGCAGCGGGGAGGCUUCGACUCUCACAGCAACAACAGCGCCUGGGGUGGUGAGGAGUUUCUGGAGUGCUCCACCCAAGUGAGGAGUAGCCCCUGCAUGGAGCGACCCGCCAGCCUGGCCCCCGCCCCGCCCUGCCCCACGGAGGGCUCCAACGACCACGGUCUGGUCAUGUCCCACGACAAGGCCUUCCUCGAUGACGGCUAUCGCUUCAACAACUGCCACCGGACGCCUACUAACUACAAGGAGCGUCUGGAGCAGACGGUGGAGCGCUGCGUCCACAUCAACGGCGCCACUCCUCACUUCACCACCCGGGGUUACGGGGAAGUCCUGGGCCCCCCACGGCAGGAGCUGACGGGGGACGACCAGUCGCCCAGCUCCUCCACCAGCCUGGAGGGCCCUCUGGCCACAGCCAAAGACUACAGCCACUACAACGGCCACUUCAACGGCAUGGCGCCCAGCCCCUCGGACACAAAGAGCCUGAGCAGCGAGGAGGACCUGCGGCAACCGGACUCUCCUUCCUCAGAGCUGCUUCACUACCGGUCCAGGACCUUCAACAUGGGAGAGCUGGUCUGGGGCCAGCUGAAGGGCUUCCCACCUUGGCCUGCCAAGCUUGCAGGGGACGAACAAGUGCACAGUGCGGCGAUGCAGCUGCGGGAGCAGGCCAAGGUAGAGCCGGAGAAGCUAAAAACACUAACGCACGACUUGGAGGCACUCGACCGAGCCGCCAAAAGAGGCCUGAAACCGGGGAAACUGAAUAAUCACUUGGAAGCUGCUAUCCACGAGGCCAUGAGUGAGCUGGAUAAGAUGUCGGGCACAAUCCCAUCGAGGGAUCGUCAGGUGAAGCUCCCGAAGCCUAAGAGGAGGAAGAUAUCCAGAUAACAUUGAAUGUGUCGGCCCAAGAACGUCCUCAAAGCCUUCGGAGACUUCGUCCGUUCAGCCUUUGAAGCGAUCUGAGCUCUCUAACAGGUGCUACACGUGGACUUUCAGUGGUACAUCCUUGUUCCAUGAUAUCGACUUGACUUAAUGACUGACCACAGAAGGUGCUGGAUAUUCCAAUCACCGAUACAGUUUUAACUGUAGAGAAAAAAAAAAAGGAAAAAGUAGAGAAAAAACGGUUGCAAUUUGUCUACAGCUCACUGAAUUAACUAUUUUUUUCUAGUAUAAGAUAGUAAAACAAACAAAAAAAAAAGCGACAAGCAUUACCUUACAUAUUUAAGAAAAAUAGACAGUCCAAAUAUUUCUGAUACAUUUUCAAUAUGUAUAUAGAUAAUCCUGAAAUUUCAUGCUAUUAAGAAUUGUAUGUAAAUAUUGUACAAUGUCAUGUACAAGCAUACCUAAUGCACAUUUUAUCUUUUAUUGUACAAAAACAAAGCAGAAGUGUACCAAUGUCUUGGUUUCUAUUCAGAAAUGCGGUUGCAUACGGCCGCAUGCAUAGGAUAAAUAAGAAUACAGCCUAAAGCUUUUAUAUGAUGAACUGUAAGACGUGCUGUUUUUAUUGUUUUAGUUUUUUUGUAAGGGAACAGCAGUUGAACAGGCAUGAGUUUAUGAGUUCUCCAUUAUGAAAGUCACUUCACACCAGUGUUCAUUUGUAUUGGGAAACAAACAAAAGAUCAAAAACAGAAUGAACUUUACCAGCAGAAAGUGUUCAAUGUUCCUCUGAGCAGGUUUGGGAAACGACGACCCGGCCGGACGAGUGUUGGUAAAUCGACAUCUGCUCCACCAGCCACCUCGACAGGAAAACCAUGUUUGGAGAUCCAGUUUUGUGCUUUAAAAAGAAAAAGGUCUGGCUGGCAGAUGAUUUCUUUUUUGGGGGUUUACCAAUCACUGACACUGGCAGACACGUUGGUUACCAGACGUUUUUUAGAAGGAAAAAUCCACCCUGAGGCUCUUUCACAUUAAGUGUCAUUUUGUGAGUUUUGCAAAAAUAACGUGACAAAAAGUUGGUGAUUUUCCAAAAAUUGGCUUUCUACAACUCCCAGCAAAAGGCUCUGGUUUACCUGAUGUUAGAGCUGCAACUAUUUGGAUAACUGUUUGUCAUCUAUUUAAGAAAAUACUGUGAAAAAAAACCUUUUUCACAGAUUUUGGCAUUUUAUUGACUUAACGAUUAAUCCAAAUAUAGCAAUUGGCAGAUUAAUAAAUAAGUAAAUGAAUAAAUAGCCACAAGUUGCAGACCCACUUGAGGGCUAGUUUGUUUGUGGCUGUUUUUUAUUGGAGCAACAUCCCCGGCUGUUGACACAAAUGUGACUGUCAACUAAUCGAUUAGUCGAUUGACAGAAAAAUAAUAUUGGAAUAAUCUAUUAAAUGUUUAAGUAAUUUGUCAAUACAAAUGUGGCAUAAACACGGUUUCCUGCUUUUUUCUGAUUGAUAACAUAUAAAACUAAAGCAUGAAACUUUUGGAAGCAUGACUUAAAUAUUAUAACUGUAUUAAAACAAACUGAGUGGACCCUGAAUGCAACACAGAAACACCACCUAAAGUGUCUUUGGGUGGAUUUUUCCUUCGUCUACAAUCAAAGAAUCACCGGCUGCAUUGAUGAAUUAUGUCAUUUGGUUGUUGUGAUUAUGUUCUCGUGCUUGUUUGUACAGUGAUUUUAUUUCUUCCAUGACUGUAGUCGUUUUCUUGCCACAACGAUAGCUUUAGGUAGAAGAACCGACCUCCAGUCCAGAUCAUCAAAAUGAACACUAACUCGAUUUACAAGAGCGGUGAAAGCAUUUCUCUCAUUUAGAGGCCUUGUGUUUGUUUAUUUUGUUGCUUAUUGAUGUAAAUUAUUUAUGUACAGUACUCCAUAUUUAUUUUAAGCUUUACAAAUAUGCUAGAUGGCAAUAAUACUACCAAGAGUUGAGAACUCAAGCCUUAUAUGUGUAUAUGUAUGUUUUGUUUUUUUAACAGUGAAUAAUAGAUCAUGUAUUCAGAGUCCAUUACAAAGGUCACGUUCUCUUUUAUUUAAGGAGUGAGCAUUACAGAUAACAGGCUUUCUGAUUAUUCAUUUCUGUUACACAUUGUGUCAUUGAUUUCUUAGCUAAAGGAAGAAAAUGUAAUAACGUCUGCCUCCGAGACCAUACUAUUUAUGAAUAUGCACAUCUGAAAAGGCAGACGCCGUUAAUGUAGAGUAAUAAAUGCAGGAUUGACACUAACAAAGUGAAACCAUCACGUGAUCAGUCUUAAAAUCCACAGUGAUGCUCAUCAUUGGGAACUCUGGAUCAACACACACAC